AGUAAUACUGUUUCUUUACUAUGUCAUGUUAACCACUACGUGAUUAAGUGCAGUUCAUGUCGAGCGACGGAAGACGUCGUGAGUGUGGUGGAGAGUACGGAACAUGUUUCGCUGGUACGUCAGUGCGCAUGCGCUCCUUCGCCUCUACGAGUUACUAUAGACUGCAGUGGAUCAGAUGAAAGGUCUUCAUUUGGAGGCAGUCCCCGAGCAUCAUCAGAGCUCUUCAGUAACCGUCGCUUCGACGUCAAUUCGUUUUGUAACCUCAUUCACAGCGCCAUACCCAAAGCAGUACAAGAUGGAAAGUUCAUUCUGUUGGACCCUGACGUAGAUCAGAUUGGAUAUAGUGAUACACAAGUACCUAUAUCAGUGGCACCUCCAGAAGGAUUUAUUCCAAAACUAGCGCUAACAAAAUGGAAAAGGCCGAAAUUAAAAGUGCCGACAAUGAAAGUGCCAAGGUUAAGACCACAAUCGGACAUGCUUUCCUUGCCGAGAUUAGGAUCUAUAUCUCUGCCAAUUCUUGGAGAUCCUGAAGAAGAGUCAAGCGCUGAGAAAAUGGAAAAGAUCAAAAAGGGAAUACAGAAGCUACUUCACGUUGUUAAAGUACUUGGUCAAGUCGAUCAGUAUUUGUCAGAAAGAACUCGUAUUGUUGUUGAUAAAAUAUCGAAGACCCUGGCUGAAUAAAUUAAAAUAAAACUCAA